CAGGCUAAGAACUUGUCAAAUAAUCAAAACAAAACAACAUGUGUAAUGUACGGUAACAAAUUUAAGGUUAAAUAUUUAAUUUUGCUUUCUUCUAAUAAAAAUGGGACUUACGAAGCAAUAUCUACGAUACGCCCCAAGUGGCAUUUUCAACGUUAUAGCGAGCCCAGACUGCAACAGUACCCAUGUUACUCUGAAUGGUGUUAGCGGAAGAUAUAUUGCCGUUGGUGCAUGUGAACAUGUUAUUAUUUGGGAUAUGAGAUUAGGAGAAAAGGCUCAAGUGAUACCUGGUGAGAAUGUAGUGGUAUCACAAAUAGCAGCUAGUCCCACUGGGAACCACAUGGCAGUGGGCUACGUCGAUGGAAAUAUAAAUGUGUUUGAACUGCUCAACAAUGACAUUGUGUGUGUAUUUGCUGGCCACAAGUCUGCUAUUACCUGCUUACAGUAUGAUGAAAUGGGCCACAGAAUUGUUUCUGGAUCUAAGGAUACUGAAGUUAUUCUCUGGGAUGUGGUAUCUGAAACUGGUAUUGCCCGUUUCAGUGGGCACAAGGGGGUAGUAACCAGUGCUCUUUUCAUUAAUGGCAAGAACUGCAUUGUGAGCUCCUCAAAAGACACUUUUAUAAAGUUUUGGGACAUUGAAACAAAGCACUGCUUUAAAACUCUUGGUGGUCAUCAAAUGGAGGUAUGGUCAGCAGUGCUACUAAAAGAAGAAAGAUAUUUAGUAACAGGCAGUAUGGAUCAACAGCUACGAGUAUGGAAGUUAAAUUGGAAUGACAAAAUUAAAGAUGAGGACAAACUUGUGCAACAACUCGAAAUUGUCAAAUUAGAAGACACAGACUCUACUGAGGACAGCUCAAUGUUGCAAUGCCACCAAGUUGGCACCCUGAUCCGCGGCGGUAGAGGUAGAGUGGUCGGACUGUCGACCGACCCUGGGCAACGAGUGCUAGCAUGCUACGGUACUGAUUCCUUAUUGGAGCUGUUCUCCUUCUGUUCGGACGAAGAGGCCAGUGCCAGGAUGAAUAAACGAGUGAAGAAGCAAAGGAAAAAGCUGACAAAACAGAAAGAAGCACAAACAGAUGAAGGACCAACUGAGGUAUCAGAGAUCCUCACGCUUUCAGACGAAGUUCGGCGACUAAGUUCCGUGAAGCUAUCGGCAAAACUGAAAUCGGCCAAUGUGUUGAUGGGGACUACGGGCGAACUUCGUGUCGGGGUCACAUUGGCUACAAAUACUUUAGAAUUGCAUAGCUUGGAUAUGUCUGAGGGGAAUGAAGUAAAAUGUCUCAAACAAAUCACGAUGCCCGGUCAUCAGAAAGAGCCGAGAUGCGUUGCUAUAAGCUCCGAUAACCUGGCCGUGCUUACGGCUUCUGCUGACUCCAUCAAAUUGUGGAACAGAACAAGCCAGUCCUGCCUCCGUACAAUCCCAGUGACGUGCGGUAGACCAACGAGCGCAUGUUUCGCGCCAGGGGACAGGCACGCGCUAGUUGGCUGCUCAGACGGUUCCUUGCUCCUGGUGGAUGUCGCCGCGGCGUGCGUGCUGGAGCAAGUGCCCGCACAUACCACGAACUGCACCAGUGUUGGCCUUACUCCGGAUCUGCGUGGAUGUUAUUCUGGCGGUGGUGACAAAACUGUUAAGUUAUGGCAGUUUGAACUCAUUGCAGAUCCUACUGGAGACUCCAAAGCGAAGGUAUUAUCUCUUCUGCACAUAAGAACGCUCGAGCUUGAAGAAUCAGUGACCGCUGUGCGAGUGAGUCAGAACAAUAAGUUCAUUGCAGUGGCAUUGCUAGACUCCACUGUUAAAAUAUUCUUCAUAGACACGUUUAAGUUUUAUCUUUCUCUGUACGGACACAAGUUGCCAGUCCUAAGUCUCGACAUCAGCUACGACUCGAACAUCAUCGCUACGGGCUCAGCCGAUCGCAAUGUGAAGAUCUGGGGCAUGGACUUCGGAGACUGUCACAAGUCUAUAUUCGCUCACAACGACUCCGUGACGUCACUCCAGUUCGUACCGAGCACGCAUCACUUUUUCACUGCCUCUAAAGACGGGAAGGUCAAACAAUGGGAUGCGGACACUUACGAUAAUAUUAUUACAUUGAAUGGCCACGCGGGCGAAUGCGUAGGAUUGUCCGUUGGUGCGGGAGGACUGCACGUGGCAACGUGCGGAACUGAUUUCGGCGUGCGGAUGUUUUCGCGUACGGAGGAAUCUCUCGUAUUGGGAGAUGCCGAUGAAACUGAAGAAGGUCUCGCUACUGGGGAACAACAUGCACCCGUUCCAGGUCUGCCAGGACUCAACAUGCCCACAAAGAAAACUAUUGGAGCAGAAAAAGCUGCGGAUUCGAUCAUAGAGUGUCUGUCAAUGGGUGCGGAGUAUCAGAAGGAAGUGAGCGAAGCGCGCGGACAAUUUGUCCAGCCGCCCAUACUGAUGGCCGCUUACAACUGUAACACUGCCGAGGAUUUCCUCUUCGAAACCGUGAAAAAGAUACGGUCUAGUGAACUGGAAGAAGCACUUCUACUGCUGCCCUUCAGUACGGCGUGCGAUAUCGUCCGGAUGUUGCCAACGUUACUCGAUCGCUCGGACCACGCAGAGUUGCUUUGCCGUCUUGCGCUAUUCCUCCUCAAAGUCCACCACGCGCCGCUCAUAGCGAACCAUGGGCUUCUCAAGCAUCUCAUACAGAUACAAGCCAAAGCUACGAUGAGACUUAACGAACAGCGAGAUAUGGUGGGAUACAACAUGCACGCAUUACAAUGGAUGCGAAGAGACAUCGAAUCGGCCGACAGCGAGCAACUGUUCCACGACGCAACUGUCGCGCGACGGUCGCGUGACAAACGCGCACGGACGCGACAGGCGGCCAAACGACCCAUCGUCAAUGUUACAUAGUUUAAAUAUAUGAAUUAAAACUGAA